AUGACUGCCGAUAUCCUCGACCCUACGGCGAUCCUUGCCCUUGUCCCCAAUCUACUUCCUGCAAGUUCCAAAAAGCUUGAAUCCCAGCAGGAUGCCAUCGCUGCGCUCCUGCAUGCCGCGCUCAGUGCUCUGGCUUUCAGGCUGACGGCAAUAGACGAAUCGUCGUCCUUAACCGCUUCGACUAACGAACUUCCGCCUCAGUGGAACAGAUCUGGUCCAGGCAGCUAUUCGUUCAAAUAUAAACACGAUCAGAGCAGCCUCGAGUUCCUGGUCAAGGUGUCCAAACUUGGUUCACGUACGGUCAUAAAUGCUAUCGCACUUGAAAGCGAUAAAGUCGCCACUUUGGACAUUUCUACUGACGACUUCACAUCACCUUCUUUCUACCCCCAUACCAUUGAUGCCUCCAGCAAUCGUCCUCUUGUGCAUGGAUUCAUUUCGUCCAACAGAGUGUCUGAUUUGCUAUCGCAAGUGAAGUUGAAGAUCAUCCAAAAGCUUGUGCCUGGCCUGCAGAAAGAGGGAUACACCGAAGAAAGUAACUCCGAGGCGUCUUCAAGUGCUCAUCCGCCCCAACGAGGACCUACAUACCCUCGGCCCCGUCCAGAUAAUCCCCCAGAUGCUCCGGAACCACCAUUUCACCCUCACCCAGCGUUCCCGAGAAACCCUCUGGAAAUUGGGAGACGUGAUUUAGAUCCUUUCCCGAUGAACCCGUUUGCGCCUCCUUCAUUGUUCCCGCCUACUGGAGGAGAUGGGAUGUUCGUUGGUCCGGACCAUCCCAUUUUUGGCGUUGGAAGGGGAAGUGUAUCUCCCAGGAGCGGUCCAUGGGGUGGCGAUGGUUUCCUUCCUCCUUUGGGUGCUCCACCUGGAGCAAGAUUUGAUCCUGUGGGACCAACUUUUGGUCCUUUUGGAAGAGGGCGAGGACGAAAUCCACACCAGGGACCGGACAACGAUGAAUUCAUGCCGCCUGGAAUGGGUGACAUGUUUAUGUGA